AGACAGCCAUGAAAACCACAUCUAAAGAUAGUAGUCUAGAAGAACUUCUACAAAGCAUAAAACCAGGACCAUCGAAUGUACCACAAAGGAUCACUAUCAGCAGAAGUGAGAUCCUGAGUGACAGCAUUGGUUUCUUUAAGAAACGCAUCUUUGAUUUCCAAAGCCCUAUUAGAGUAACUUUUGAAGGAGAGCCAGCAGUUGAUAGUGGUGUGUCAAAAAGAGAAUACUUUACACUCCUGCUACAUGUUCUGCUAUCCCCAUUAUCCCCAGUUAGACUCUUCGAGGGACSCAACAACUUUCUCCUGCCAAUAGAUGUCAUCCGUGAAGGCUUGUUUAAAGUUGUUGGAAGAAUGAUAACAUCAAGCAUACUAAAUGGUGGUCCAGGGUUUCCACACCUUAGUCCAGUACUUUUUAAAUACCUUACCACUCCAGCCACUGAAAUUGAUACUGCUCUUGCUGAAAUCACCAAAGAUGUAGUUGACUGGAAUAUUGUUGAUGCUACUGAGAAGAUUGAUGCUGCUGGUGAGCCAAAGGAAACCCAUUACAUGCUUUCGAGGUUAAAGGUGCACAAAUAA